AUGACAAUGUCAUCUAAAUCUAAAAGUCUUCUAUAUCCUGUUAGAUCCAUUAGCUUGCCUACAAGAUUACAUCCCAAUGACCUAAAUAUUGGGGCGGAAUUAAACAAACUGAAAACCUCAGAACUGUCGUCUCAUAGUGUAGAAACAAUUCAGGCUGGUGUUCUUGGUCUUGUAGAAUUAUACAAUUCCUUUCAGGAACUUAUUCAGUGUCCAAACACACAAAAAACUCUUGUACAACAUCAAAAUGGGGCUAUAGUAGAAGAGGCACUGGAGGGAUCCCUUGAGUUACUUGAGUCAUGUGCUAAUAUUAGAAACUUAUUUUGUACUAUCAAGGAACAAGUGCAACUUCUUCAGUCAGCGUUACGACGAAAAGGUAGAGAGUCAAGCAUUGAGAAGGACAUUGGAAAUUACCUUGUCUUCAGGAAGAAAAUGAAAAAAGAGAUAGUAAAGAACUUGAAGAAAUUGAAGCACAUGGAGAACAGAGUUGGAUCUUCUUUGUUUUUGGACAUUGAGCAGCACUUAAGGGAAGUAACAGGAAUGACUAUAUCAGUUUUUAAGGCCCUUUUGGUAAUUUUGUCCUGCCAGGAUACAAAAACUAAGCCUAGAGGGUGGUCAAUGAUUUCAAAAUUACUGAUCACAAAAUCAGCUUCUUGUCAAAGUAGCCAACUUUUCAGUGACAUGGGGAGUGUUGAUAUAGCUCUUGGCGAUCUUCGCGAAGAUAUUAAGAGCAAUGAUGCUAAAAUUGAUGUCAAUAUUGCACGAAGGAGAUUACAAACGCUUCAUGGUAGCAUCGAGGGAUUUGAGGCUGGAUUAGAAAGCUUGUACAAACAAUUGAUCCAAAGUAGAGUUUCAUUUCUUAAUGUUCUGGCACAUUAA